AUGGUAAAUGAAAAAAAGCCUGUUAUGUUUCCUAUUCCUGAAAGUACUGGCUUUAUGAAGAAGAGGUCAUAUAGUGUCCAGAUCCUAGCAUUUCAGGAAGUGUCUGUGGUAGGUGCUGCAGGUACUCUGCUGCUGUGUUUUGACUGCUCUGUCCCUCAGGAAUCCAAAUCAAUAGGUCCUAUUAAAAAUAGCCCAAGUGAAAAACGACACAUAGCCAGCCUGGAGAAGAACCUCUAUGCAGAUAUAGAAGCUGCUUGGCUUGUUCUUAUGACAAGAUAUGGCAUUGACCCUGAAAAUGUGAGUAAAUAUGGACAUAGUAGAGGGACAGGACCAUCUGUGGGUCUUGCUGCUCAGUCUGAGAGUGCUGCUGCUACUAUUCAUUCUCCUUUGACCUCGGGAAUGGAAGUCACUUUUCCUGACACUAAGAAGACCUACUGUUUGGAUACAUUCCCAAACAUUGACAAAAACUCUAAGAUAACAUCUCCUGUAUUAAUAAUUCAUGGGGCUGAAGAUGAAGUCAAUGACUUCUCACGUGGCCUUCCAUUGUUUGAGCAUUGUCAAAGACCCAUGGAGCCUCUGUGGGUCAAGGGGGCAGGGCAAAAUGAUGUGGAAAUUUAUAGAUGGUACCUUGAAAGGUUGAACCAGUUUGUGUCACAAAAACUGCUAAAUUUGUAA